CUGUAUCAGCAAGGUGACUCAGGUGAGCGUUGUGGACCAUGAGCAUGGAAGUACAUGUGUUUGAUUAGGCCGAAAGUAAUCAUUGAUUUGUUUCCACUAAUACAACCGACUCUAAAUUAUACCCCUACCCUAGAAGUUUUUUGACAUGUUCUCCAAAAAAUUAUUAUUAAAAAAGAUGGAGAUGACCCUGGUAAUAAUAUAGUUUAGUAUAUGACUUAAUAAUAUCAAAGCAUAUUCAACAACUGUAUCUAUAUGAAAAAUGAGUCCCUUGUUUUCAGUAUGUCAAUAGAUCUGCUAAUUGAAUGGAAAUUGUAAUCAGAAUUCAGAACAUCUUCUUGUCUUGGAUUUAGAUGUAACAAAUAUAAUUCAUUUCCUACCAAGUUACUCUAAUUUUGACUGAAUAUUAGUGGAAACACAACCAUUUAUAUUUUUGGCCUUAGCAUUCAAGAAAUGUACAUGUGAAAAAACAGGUCGAUUGCAAUCAGUGUGUGAAAUAUGUAGAUCACUUGAAUGUGUGAAAUAAAUGUAUAUUGUGAAUAGGUUGAUAUUUACAUGUCAGUUUAAUUAUUGUAGAUUGUGUUCCUAAAGACCCAGACCCUCCACAUCAUGGACACACUAGGACUCAGCACUCAGCUAAAAGUACGACAAUGUUCUCAAUGUCAGGGGGACACUGAGUUUUACUGUAACACAUGUAAACGUGAUCUGUGUUUACAGUGUAAAGAGAAACAUGUCAUUGAUCUACAUACCAUAUACCAUGAUGUUGUGAUUUACCGUGAGAAGUUUAAAUGUGUUCCAAUUAAUGAUGAUUGUUUCCGACAUCCGGGCUGGAAAUAUGAAAUGUUCUGUGAGCCAUGUGAAAUCCCUGUGUGUUUUGCCUGCAGUGAACAUAGAACUCAUAGGUUUCAGGAAUUACGUAGAGCCUAUCAAACAAAGCGACAACAACACCGAGAAAUCAUUGACAACAUCAGAAGUGAGACUUUCUAUAACUGUCGUGUUCUCCUGGCAGGAAUCCAAACUGAUAUCCAAACUUGUCCCCCACAAAUCUGUCACCGUCAAUCACAGCAGAUGUCAACAAAAGCCCAGAGACUGAAGGAUCUGAUUGACACUGCGGUAUGUGAUGUUAAAACAAGAUACCGAGGUUUAUUGAUUGAUAGAAUACAACAACAGAAGAGAAAAAUGAACAGACACCUCACCCACAUACAGAACUAUGAAGACAGAUAUGAACAAUCAGCAAACAGAGCGGUACAAUUCCUCUUGUUUAUAAAGACCAGUCGUGUCCCCCAGAUAAAGGACACCCCUAAUCUUCCACAACACCCGCUGCUGUCCCUGACUGAGGGAUUCAACAUGGAGGAUGUCAGUCAGUUAUUGAGGGGAAUCCCAGAAAUCCAAAUGACAACAGGAAAACGACAAGUAGGAAUAGACGAGUGUGUGAAUCUGAUGUCCACACCUGUAUUACACACGUCUGUCUGUGUGACAGGUGUUAGUCGUGUGAGACACAUAUCUCGUGUGAUGUCAGACCGGAUCUGGGUCUCUGAUUUUUACAAUCUCAUCUUGAUAGACACAACAGGAGACACUAUACACCGUGUGACAGAUAUAACAACAUGGUAUAGAGGAGUACACACAGUGAACAGUUCUGGUGAACUGAUUUAUAUAGACAGUGAUCAUAACAUCAACAAACUGUCUGUGAACAAUCAAACAGUCACCACACAGAUAGAGUAUACAUCACCAUGGAGACCACUGUGUGUGUACUGCUCCCCGUCCACUGGAGAUCUGAUGGUCGGGAUGCGUAACUAUAAAACAGAUACAGGCAAGGUAACCCGGUACAACAGUAGUGGUCAACACAUCCUGACCAUACAACACGACAACAAACGUCACACGAUGUAUUUUGAUCCUUAUUAUAUCACAGAGAACACUAACGGUGAUAUUAUUGUGUCUGACUCGUUUUGUUGUGCUGUAGUGGUGACAGAGCGCGGGGGGAGACAUCGAUUCUCCUACACAGGACCUCCAUCAGGAUCAUCACUAUAUCCACUAGGAAUCUGUACAGACGCGCUGUCACACAUCCUGGUGUGUGAUUAUAACACCCACACAGUACAGAUGAUUGACAAGGACGGUCACUUCCUGUCUCUGUUACUGACACGACAACACGGGAUAAACAAACCAUGCAGCCUGAACUAUGAUGAUAAAACUCACCUUCUCUGGGUCGGAUCACGGGACACCAACACAGUGUCUGUAUAUAGAUAUCUACAGAGGAGGUACUCUCUGACUGAUAGGUAGUCCUCAAACAUGUAGCCCAGUGAUGUUAACAGGCCACCAACACCAGAAACAGAUAGGUAGUCCUCAUACAUGUAGCCCAGUGAUGUUAACAGGCCACCAACACCAGAAACAGAUAGGUAGUCCUCAUACAUGUAGCCCAGUGAUGUUAACAGACCACCAACACCAGAAACAGAUAGGUAGUCCUCAUACAUGUAGCCCAGUGAUGUUAACAGGCCACCAACACCAGAAACAGAUAGGCAGUCCUUAUACAUGUAGCCCAGUAGCUAAGUACCUUAUUACUAGCUUGAAAAUACGGAUUAAUAUUUAAUUGCUGUUAUAAAAUUUAGAAAUUCAUUUCAAAAUUGAGGAUUAUCUCCCUCACGCAUAGCUCUGAUCCUUGGACGAAUUUGACUCCACUUUUUUUGGCACACUGUUUUCCCUAUAAUAACUCUAAAACUUCAUUGUUAUUUCGGAUUUCAAACAUUUCGGUUGAGCAUCACUGAAAAGACAUUAUUUGUCGAAAUGCGCAUCUGGUGCAUCAAAAUUGGUACCGUGUAAGUUUUAUAUGUAUAUUGUCUUUAUCAACAACAUUGUUUCGCAACCAACUCCUGGGUUUUCACUCUAGGACAGGCCCUAAUUAGUCAUAUUGUAAUAAUCUUACAUAUUAUAUUAUGUAUUGUAUUUCAUCAGCAUAAGCACUUUUGGGGGUCAUUCAAGUUUUAAGACUCCAUCUUUUACACUGUUCCUGAAUAAUAGAACUGAGCUUGGAUUUUUUUCUAGAUUAAGUUUUAAGACAAUAUGUUUUACGUAGCCCUAAGGCCUAGUCAGUAGUGAUACUUAUAAGUAAUACUAAGGUGACUGAUAAAGUAUCUUGUCUUUGAAAAUACUGUCUAUCAUUCUUUUUAUGCCCACGGAAUCAAAGAUUUGGGGAUAUACUGAGCGACUGUGACCGGUCAUCCACUGGUAUAAGAAACGGAAGUCAAUAUCAAGUGCUGAGAAAACUAAGACUCAAUUUUGAAUUACACACCUGUAAUGCUGAUUUUAUUUGAAUGAAAUACUUUUGUGUAUAAGACCAGUAUUUAUUUACAAUGUUUGAUAUACUUCAGGUGGGAAACAUAAAAGAUGAGACAAACAAUAUGGUCCAUGGGUCUCUCAUCUUUCAAAUCACAUAAUGUAUAUCACUUACAAUUAAUGUCACGAGUAUUUAGAACUAAUGUUAUUUUGUGUGGUAGACUGGGCCCACUUCUAGAGAAUUCACUUGCUUCAAACUCCUCCAUACACUAGACAAAAUGCUUCAAUGUCUAUAUCUGAUCCUAAUUAAAACUUCAGAUAAUCCAGACAGAGAUGAACAGAUCACAGAAGCUUCUGAAAGUUAUGGGUAUGAGGAGGUUCAGGAAUCGGGAUCAGAGCUGGAAAUCAGUGGAGAGUCCGAGUCUGAAGAAAACAGCGAGGAUCUGAAGUCUGAGGAUAGCAGCGAGGAAUCUGAUCCUGAUGACGAGGACACUGCUGAAUCACAAACCAGUAAAGAUAAUGGUGUAGAGGAAAACGAUGAUCGGAAUGUAGAGGAGACCAGCGAGAAUGAAGAUGAAUAAGAAAUGUCUGGGUAA